AUGGUGGCAGACCAGACGCCCCACACAGGCUCGCGUCGCCGUCGCGAAAGAAGCUCGGGUCGCAGCGGAGAUGAACGGCGAAGUGAAGAGGAUCAGGAGACCCCCCGAGGACGGCGAGAGCUGCGCGAGAGCCGCGGCCACCAGCGCAGAUGUCUAGACACACCAGCGAGCGAGGAGAAGCGGAGAAAGAGAGAUAGGCGGAGAAGGAGACGAGGCGACACAGAGAGUUCUGAAAGUCGUGACGAGGAAGAAACGCAGAGGCCAAAGAGAGAACGAAGGCGAUCUGAGGCUGGACGGAACACACGAGAGCGAACAGUCGUCAUCAGCGACGAAGACGAGGACGAAGAACUUCAACUUGCUCUCGCCCUCUCCGCGUCCUUGCAGGAUGGCUGUGAAUGUGCUGUCCCGAUAGUCGCGGAGGAAGAGAGAGCAGAGAGAGAUGCCCAGGUUUUCAGUGCCCCUGUGCGGACAGAGAAGAAGCGAGAAGAGAAGGAGGAGGACGCUAGGCGCUCCCAACGAAGAGAGGAAGCACUGAACAUUCAGGAAAAAAACAAAUCGCAUACAGUCGACGAACGCAGGAAAACAAGCAUCGCAGAGGCCAGAGACAGGCAAGACAGCUGCGGACUUGAGGGAGGAGUGGAAGCAAGCGAACGAGAAGAAGAAAAUGAAAAAAAGGGGGUAAGUGUCGCAGACACGACAAGGUGGGAUUGGCGCCGGCGGAGAGAAGACGAGGAGAGGAGACGCGAAGCAAGUCAACGGAGGAGAGAGGCUGAGUUUCAGACGGUGCGAGUUCAGGAAUCGAACCGCCUCAGCUCAGACGCCUCGUGGGAGAGAGGAGAGAAGGAAGAGGAAACAGAGAAAGUCGACGAGACGUCCACUUCAGACACUAGCUCGAAGGGAAGGGCAGCGAAUGCUUCUGCGGAGAGAAGAAGCACUGUGUCGGAAGAGUCGAGUUCUUCAGAGGGAGAAGAAAGUAAGAAGGCUGGCCGCGAUCACGAGAAGCGACGGCACCCAGGAAGAUUCAACGCUUCUGACACUCUCGAGAACAGGGGAACGGUGAGACAAGGAGUGGACCAUGGCUCGGUAGAGGAAGUUGAAGAUGACGACGACGAAGACGAAGACCUGCAACUUGCUCUCGCUCUUUCCAUCUCAGAGCAGCACGAUGUGUACCACCAGUGUCGAUUGUUUUCCCCGCGUGACCCGUCGGAGACAGGGGAGGGUGAUUCCGCGUCUUUUCGUUGUAAAAAACUCCAAGCAGCCCCUCCUUGUGGAGAUGUUUCAAACGGUCGCGGUCAGAUCUCGCCCUCUGCUUCGGCUUCUCAAGCUUCUCCACAGGAGUCUAGCGAAAGCAAAGCAGGCGUAUUGGAGAGCUCAGAAAGAGCCACAAACGAAUCCCUGCAGGUUGGUCUGUUAAGCGCCGCCGACCCUCGCGAUUCUUCUCCCCAAAGCGACCAGAGAGGCGAAGCGACGUCAGAGAGAGACUUCAUGUCCUCGCUCUCGCCUCCUAUUUCGCCCACCGAGAUCCGACAGAAGGUGCUAGCAGACGACUGCGAUAUCCCCUCUAACCUCCGAAGGCGGCACCCUGAGGCAGAACAGACAACAGCUGCGCAUGCAUCGAGUAAAACAGGCGCGAACGCAGACGAACGAACCGCAGGCGAGGCUGCAGCGGCCCACGUGACCGCAGGAAACGAGGAGGGAGACCGAGAAGCGACGCAGCAGGUGUCAGAGUCUGAAGAAACCACGGCGGCUUUUGAGCCUGCGCAGAUGAAGCGAGGAGUCCCAAACUAUAAAGUACCGACACCGACAGAGGGGCGAUUCUCAGCGGUUCCGGGGGUGCCUAUCGAAGACGGCAGUUCGUCGGUUUCGUCACCCGCUUCAGACGUUGCAGACUCUGACUUUGAACCUGAGCGUCGUCGCCCAAGACGGAGACGCAAGACGAAAGAACGCGAAAAGCUUUCUGAAGAGGAAGCUGCUGUUUCCGAGAGCUUCAGCGAUAGUCCAUGUUCAUCUCUGGCCGAGGAAGAGAUGUCGAAAUCGCCCUCGAGCGACUCGGACGCAGAAGAUGUUAAACCUAAGGAUGGACGAAGAACGACGAGAAAGCUUGGGGGUGGUGCAGCGCGAGCUGUGCCGGCGAGGUCAAGAAGUCAGCAAACAGGAUGUGCCAAUAGAGUCAAACUGCAGCCUUCACAGCAGCGUAGCGCAUCAUCUGCGGAGAGAGAGAAGAGUAUACGGAGCAGGUGUCAGGAGGGCGGUGGGGAUGGGCAUGAGGGAGCACGUGAAAGGGAGGCUAAAAGCAAGAAAGGGAAGGAACGGAAGUUGGUGAAGGAACGGCAACGAGCAGCAGAGCGGGAGGCGGCGGCAACAGCAGCAUGCCUCUGGAAAAGAGAGAAGCUGCAGGAAGCGUGUGUGUACAUCUGGAAGGUUUUGACGAACGCCGUCGCUUCUCCUGUGCCUCUGUCGUUUUUGCGUGAUCAAGGACGUGAACGUGGCGCUGCGAAAAGCAACUCGCGCCCCGGCGGAGGGAAGCUUGCCGCCCUUCUGCACCAUGCGCAACGCGAAGAACAGGCGAAGAUCAUCCCUGCGCCUUUCGGAUCGAUGUCUUCUGUGUUUUCUCCCUCACAAAACGCGGCACCUUCUGGACAAGACGAAGCGCCGGAAAGGGCGGCGGGUGACAGGAAAGACGAGCGCGUCUUUGCUGUAGCGAACCCUGUCGAUUCGAGUUGUGGCACAACCAGCUUGUGCCCGCCAGGGGCGGCCGCUCAGCCUGUGUGA